CGAGUUCUAUAUGCACAUUCGACGUUAUACCGUCUCCCUUAUCAUGACCUCCACCUACGGCCAACGAGUGCCGCAGUGGGAAUGUGAAGAGGUGCGCGAAAUAUACAAGCUGAUGGAGGAUUUUUCCAACGUUGCUGUCCCCGGCAAAUACCUGGCCGAUACAAUCCCACCCCUGGCGAACAUUUUGCCAGAGUCACUGCACUGGUGGAGAAAAUCCAUGAUGCCCUUACAGCGUCAGCAGGAGAAGAUUUGGAUGAAAUUCUGGACGAGUCUCAGGACACAAAUGGAGACCGGACAGGCGCCCGAAUGCUUCGUUAAGCAGUUUAUCGAGUCCGAGUAUGAGAAAAUGGGCAUCACAGAGCUUCAAGGCGCGUUCCUCGCUGGUACGAUGAUCGAGGCAGGCUCUGAGACGACAUCCUCUGCCUUGAACAGCGGCGUGCUAUAUCUGUCCGCGCAUCCUGACGUCCAGAGUCGGGCCCACGAAGAACUUGACCGUGUUGUAGGACAGUCGCGUUUACCCACCUUCGCAGACGCUGACCAGCUUCCGUACAUUCGUGCUAUUGCUAAGGAGAUUCUCCGCGUGCGCCCUGUCACUAACAUGGGCACACCGCACUAUACAACGGCUGACGUUCAUUACAAGGGAUAUUGCAUCCCCAAAGAAAGUGUCGUCGCAAUCCAGCAAUAUGCCAUCCACAACAACCCACAGUACUUCCCAGAGCCCGAGAAGUUCAAACCAGAGCGCUACUUGAGUUAUCAACAUAAAUCGGGCGUCUACGCCGCAUCGGCAGACCCCCAUGAACGCGACCAUUGGUCCUUCGGUGCCGGAAGACGUAUCUGUACCGGAAUGCAUUUGGCAGAGAACAGCCUGUACAUCACUGUGGCCAUGAUUCUCUGGGCCUUUAAUAUCCGGCCGCCGCCAGGGCAGAAGGCCGAACAGGUCGAUUUCUCGGAUGAGGCAUAUCUACCAGGCAUGAAUACGCUCCCCAAGCGGUUCAGAGCCCAAUUCAUCCCACGCACACCAGAGAUCGCCCAGCUCAUCCGCACACAAUGGGGGGCGGCCAAGAGGGAUGGAUACACAUUGCGAAACGUCAAGGUGGACGUUUCAGGGGUUGCGAUAGAUUGAGGGCCAUAGUGGAUAGAAUAAAAAAGGGCGGUAACUGCGUUUGCCACAAUUUUGGUACAAUUGACUUUCUUGUAUCUUUCUAUACCAUAUAUUGUGGAAAGGUGUUUCCAGCCGCCGGUGUCACGCGAUAAUGUUUGAUUAUUUUUGCUGUUUCCCUUCUGAUAUAUACCAGAAGUGAUAAAAGAAGGUUUGGCUCUCGAGUAGGGUGUGCUAAAUAGUAAUUCAUUAAUUAAUUCUCCCGCAUGCCUGCCACAAUCCUCGACAUGUAGAUAUAGAAGGAGCUGGUAUGCAACCGCAAAUGCCACCCACAUUAAACCACUAUGCCCGUAACUAGGCGAAAUAGCAUCGGAAAAGUAUCAGAGACCGCACCCCCCUGGUUCGAACAGGGUGUUACUUAUAAUUCGAAGAAUCCGGCAAUGGUCCCGGUAAUUCCAUCU